AUGCAACAGUCAGGAUCGAGUAGUGGGUACGUGUUUUUGCAGUGGAUUGGUAUCGGUCUCACAACUAACUUGGAGGUGAUUGUUGUUUAUGUUGGGCCUCCGACGAGCUGGUGUGGUAGUAGUCAGAUUCCGCUGCUAACAAUGGUCAGUCAAGAUGAGCGGUAUUUGGAUCAAUAUGUGUAUACAAUAAGUGAGUUGAAACAGCAGGUGAGAAUGAUGAUUGAAAUGCAGAGAGGUUGUUUGAAGAUGAUGGAUCUGGAUGCUACGUGA